CUAGCACGAGAAUUACAAAUAAUAAACAAAAUAUGUCAAUCGUAUUUUUUUGGGUACCUAUACCUAGUUGGAAUUCGUAAAUAGAGAUUGUAAAACUAAUGAUAUAUUAAGCGAUAGUGUUUUCAGCAAUGGCGUUAUUCAAAGGUCGAAAAUAUGCCAUUUUCAUCGGAGCCUUCGUUGGUUUUAUAGGACUAACUCUUUAUCCGAUUGCUUUAAGUCCAAUGAUUGAUGCUUCAGAAUAUAAGAAAAUACAAAAAGAAACUAGGAAGAAUAUAAAACAAGAAGAUAUUCAGCCCGGAAAUAUGAAAGUAUGGACAGAUCCAUUUGGACGAAAGAAGCCAGACAAUAAUGAGUAAAUAUUUACUUACUGUAUACUAGUUGUAUAGAUAUUUGUUAUUUAGUUAUUUAAUACAUUAAAAUUAUUUUGUUUUAAAAAGUA